AUUCCUCUUCCUCCGCUCAUUCGCGUCGCCUCAAACGCGAAAUAAAAUUUUCAUCCUCUUCCUCUGCUCAUUCUACCGCCUCUUGCACAUCUCAUUCUGCCGCCAGGCCCCCACUGCUCAGCUCAUUUCGCCGCUGCGCUUCCAGUUCUUCCGCCGCUGCUACUGCUGUGCGUGUCCUUUCCGCCUCUUCCCCCCUCUUACAUAAUAUUCUGCCUUCUCUAGGAAAUUUGUUAAGGAAACUUUAAAGAUUAGGGACAGUAGUUACUAUGGCAGCUUCUGGAACUAAUUUGUCUAUGAAAGAAUAUUUGAAAAGAUACGAAAAUAACGAGGAAGAUAACAAUAAAAAGUCAAAAAAGAAGAAGAAGAAAGCUCGUCAAUCUAAUGUACCUGGAGGAGUUUUAGUUGUUGAUGAAGACCCUGCAUGGCAAAAGCCUGUUAAACUUGAAGAGGAAGAAGAUAAUGAUUCUGCUGAUGAAGAGAAACCUCAAGUUAACGAGGAUAUUGAAGUUAAGCGAAUGAAGAGGCUUGAGCAACUUAGAGUGAGGCGGGGCUAUAAUGUUAUAGCUGAGGAUGGUAGUGGAUGGACUUCACUCUCUUCUAAAGGCGAGAAUGCUGAUAAUCGAGAUUCUGAUAUUUCUCCUCCUCGUAAACAAAGGGAAAGAUAUGAUACACCCUCCCCUGAGCAUGGAGAGAGGGACUUAGACACUGGUAGGAAAGAUGAGGAUUUGUCACCUCCACGGCAGCGGCAGAGACAUCACCAUACACCAUCACCUGAUAUAAGGUCAGAACACACUGGUGACCUGAAUUCUGAUUUAUCACCUCUUCGUAAGAAGGUUCGAAAUGAUACACCUUCACCCGGUCGAUCAAUGAAAAGUGCUGAUAUUUCACCUCCUCGUAAAAGGCAGGCUCGAAAUUAUAGAAUUUCACCAGAACAUGCAGUGAAAAAUGCUGAUUUGUCACCUCCUCGUAAGCAUAAAGCUCGAAAUAAUUUACCUUCACCAGAAACGUCAACAAAAGAUGAUUUGUCACCUCCACGACAGAAGCAAAAACGACAUUAUGUUCCAUCACCAGAGCAUGCCCAGAUUUCCCCUCCUCGCCAAUCUUAUACUCGAAAAUCAGAAUUCUCUGGAAGGAGGAAAUUUGAAGCUACUCAUUCUCUUACUUCUCCCGGAUCAGAUCUUUCACCUCCUCGGAAAAACAGGGUGGACAAUGAGAAAUCAGGACCAACGGAUCUUUCUCCUGCACGGCUGCCUAGGCGUUCAAGUUCAACAGUUGAUGGUAAUUUACGUGCAUAUACUGAUAAAGACAGUUCAGCAGCAGGGAAAAGUCAGAAGGAUUCAUCUGAUCCAGCUCCCUUAAUGCAGCAGCCAAAAACUGGUUUGGUUUCUGGCCGUGAUAUCCGAGAUGAGAUAUCAAAAACUAAGCAGAACGAUUUGUUGAGGUUUAAACAGAUGGACCCUUCUAUGAGUGGACGGGGUGCUGCACCUGUAUAUCGUGAUAAGAAAGGACAGCGAAUAUCAAAAGAGGACUACUUGAAAUCAAAGCAAAAAGUAGAAGAAAAGCCUAAGGAAAAGAAGUUAGAAUGGGGCAAGGGCUUGGCUCAAAAGCGGGAAGCUGAAGCUAGGUUGCAGGAAUUAGAGCUUGAGAAGGAUAAGCCAUUUGCAAGGACCAGGGAUGAUCCUGAUCUUGACAAAAUGAUGAAGGAACAGCUAAGAUGGGGUGAUCCUAUGGCAGAUCUAGUCAAGAAAAAGCAUCCUGAAACAAUUCUUGCUGAUCUAGGGGACAAUGAGAAGAUGAAGGAAUCAGGGUUUAUAGUUCCCCAGGGUAUUCCUAAUCACAGCUGGAUUAAAAGAGGACUAGAUGCUGCUCCAAAUCGAUAUGGUAUAAAGCCAGGAAGACACUGGGAUGGAGUUGAUCGAAGUAAUGGAUUUGAGAAAAAAAUGUUCAAAAGGGUAAAUGAAAAGCAGGCUACAGAGAAGGAAGCAUAUCUAUGGUCUGUCGCUGAUAUGUGACUCGAGAUGUGGACUAAGAAUAUUUUCUUUGUGGAAAGAAUGAGUAUUUUGCCCUUUCGCGACGGAAUUCUCUGCUUGUAGCGAUUGAUUAAGCACUCUUGCAUAAAGGGUUUUUCAUGCCGGUUAGAAAUGUGUCCGUGAAAAUCUUAAGUUUGGAACCAUAGAGAAUUUUCGAUUCCUAUCCAGGUAAUUUCAUGUUCUUUCACCGCAUUUCUCUGCAAUUGCGUCUAACCAUGAACUGGAAGGCUAUAUGUGCUCUUAUACUGGGCCCUCUUUCCUUCUUGUUUCCUUGUAAAUCUCUCAGCACUUCCUCCUCUGUAAGAGCAUGUUACUCAUCUAUAACAAAUGUAUAACAUAAUAUAAUAUGGUAACUGUUUUUUGAUAAA